UUGUUGCACAACCCGGCAUGACAAAUUCUUUGUAUGUGAAAACAUACUUACAAUGAAAGGUUCUGAUUCUGAUUCUCAUUCACUGAGCUACAUUUCGCUAAACACCCUCGUCACUCGCCGUAGUCACGUGUUCAAACCCGGAAGUAAAUUUAACACGCUGCCGUGUGAGAAGCUGCUCCGACGAGGUUUCGAUCAGUUUGGACUAGUUUGGACCGGGUUUGGUUCCUGGAUCAGUUCUGGUUUAAAGAUUCUGUUCAUAGGUUCUGUGUGACGUCAUGUCGCUGGUCAGCUGUGUACCUGGACAGUUUGAUGACGCAGAGGAGUGACCAAUCAGAGCUGUUUGCUGCAACGCAUCAAAGCAGCGAUAUCACUCUCCAGCCUUCAUCAGACCGACAGCAGGAGGAAUAUGAUGAUGAAGAUGAUGAUGAAGAUGAGGAGUGGGCGUGGUGUUCUGCAGGAGGAGAUCUUACCAAAAGAUACAACAGGACAACCGUCAGCUUUCAGUCCAACAGACAGAAUCCGUCCAAUAAGACGCUGCGGUCGACUCCGUCUGAUAAAGCUCUGAGGAAAUAUGAACACAAGAUCAACCUGGAUAAACUGAAUUACGCCGACUCGGUGAUCAACAAAGUGACGACUAUGCAGAAACAGAAAGAAGCCGCCACGUACAGAGUGAAAGACAAAGCCGACCGAGCCACAGUGGAACAGGUUUUAGAUCCUCGAACUCGAAUGAUUCUCUUCAAGAUGUUGAGUCGCGGAGUCAUCUGUGAAAUCAAUGGCUGCAUCAGCACAGGGAAGGAGGCUAAUGUUUAUCACGCCAGCACCUCUGCAGGAGAAAGUAGAGCCAUUAAGAUCUACAAGACCUCCAUCCUGCUGUUCAAAGACCGGGACAAAUACGUCAGUGGAGAGUUCAGGUUCCGUCAUGGUUACUGUAAAGGAAACCCCAGGAAGAUGGUGAGAACCUGGGCAGAGAAGGAGAUGAGGAACCUUAUCAGGCUGCAGACGGCAGGAAUCCCGAGUCCAGAACCAAAGCUGCUCAGAAGUCACGUUCUGCUGAUGAGCUUCAUCGGAAAAGACAACAUGCCGGCUCCUCUGUUGAAGAACGCGGCGUUGUCGGAGUCGAAGGCUUGUGAGCUCUACCUGCAGGUUCUACAGAACAUGAGAAAGAUGUUCCAGGAGGCUCGACUUGUCCACGCUGACCUCAGCGAGUUCAACAUGCUAUAUCACAACGGAGACGCUUACAUCAUUGACGUGUCCCAGUCGGUGGAGCACGACCAUCCUCACGCGCUCGAGUUCCUCAGGAAGGACUGCAGUAACGUCAACGAGUUCUUUGUGAAGCGCGGCGUCGCGGUGAUGACGGUCAGAGAGCUUUUUGACUUCAUCACCGACCCAUCGAUCACCUGCGACAACAUCGACCAAUACCUGGAGAAGGCAAUGGUGAUUGCAGAUGAGCGGACGUCGGAGCAGCGGUCGGAUCAGGACGGAGUAGACGAGGAGGUGUUUAUGAAGGCCUACAUCCCCCGCACUCUGACGGAGGUGAGUCACUACGAGCGAGAUGUUGACCUGAUGAGGAUGAAGGAGGAGGAGUCGGCCAUCUUUGGACACGACGACAAUGUUCUGUACCAGACGCUGACCGGACUGAGGAAGGAUCUGUCUGGAGUUCAAACGGUUCCUGCCCUGCUGGAGAAUGACCUGUCUUCAUCCUCGGAGGAGGAGGAUGCAGAAGAAGAAGAAGAAGAAGAUCAUCAGCAGGAGAAGAGUGAGGAAGCCCAGAUGGAAAAAAAAGGAAAAGAAGAAGAUAGUGAAAGAAGCUCAGAGAGAAAAAAGAACAAAAAAAGUUCCAAAACACGUGAAGAGGAGGAAAGAGAAAGUGUCCAAGAUGAAAAAAGGCAAAUGAAGACUUCUUGUUUGUCCGUAUGGACUCCCUGUGUAUCUCUGACCCCUGAUCCCCCCCCUGACCUCUGACCCCUGAUCCCCUCUGACCUCUAAUCCCCCCUGACCUCUGACCCCUAAUCCCCCCCUGACUUCUGACCCUUCAGCAGCACAACAAACUGCAAUCACUUUAAACUUCACAAGAAACUUUUAAUAAAAUGUUUUUAUCAUCA